UUGAUGACAUCACGCAGGUCCUUCAUCCCUCUGCUCUCACACAUGCUGCAGGAUGGCCGGGCUGGAGCUGCUGUCAGAUCAGGGAUACCGUGUGGACGGGCGGAAGGCCGGGGAGCUGCGUAAGAUCCAGGCCCGGAUGGGAGUGUUCGCUCAGGCCGAUGGCUCGGCUUAUAUCGAGCAAGGGAACACCAAGGCGCUGGCCGUAGUGUACGGGCCCCAUGAGAUCCGAGGAUCUCGUGCCAAAACCCUCCACGAUCGUGCCAUGGUGAACUGCCAGUACAGUAUGGCCACCUUCAGCACCGGCGAAAGGAAACGGCGGCCACACGGAGACCGCAAAUCCACCGAGAUGACCCUGCACCUGAAGCAGACGUUCGAAGCCGCCAUCCUGACCCAGCUGUACCCGCGCUCUCAGAUAGAUAUCUAUGUACAGAUCCUGCAGGCAGACGGAGGCAAUUACUGCACAUGUGUGAAUGCAGCCACCCUUGCAGUCAUCGACGCCGGCAUCCCCAUGCGAGACUACGUGUGCGCCAGCUCUGCCGGAUUCAUCGAGGACACGCCGCUGGCGGACCUGAGUUACGUCGAGGAGUCGGCGGGAGGACCCCAAUUAGCUUUAGCCCUGUUGCCUAAAUCUGAUCAGAUCGCGUUGCUGGAGAUGAACUCGCGGCUACACGAGGAUCACCUGGAGCGCGUGAUCGAUGCCGCCAGCAAGGCUUGUAAGGACGUGUACGCCGUGCUGGAGCAGGUGGUGCGCGACCACUUACAGGAAGUCUCCGCUCUGGUGGGAGAUCGGGGGUCCGCAUAGUUUGUGACUCUUCUAGAGGGCCACUGUAAACACCGACAAGGCCCAGAGAAGUUUGGACUCUGAUUGCUAUAUUUUUCUAUGUUUUUGGGUUAAUAAAAUAAAAAUAACGUUU